CGCCUUCGAUUAGGUUUACUUCUACACUUCGUCUUCUUCCGCUUAAUAAAGCUCUCUUUAUCUCCCUCAAUCUCUCUCUUUCAUUUACGGCGAUUUCAAAAUGGUUGAUGCUCAACAAGUUCGUUUCAUCAUCGGAGUCAUCGGAAAUGUUAUCUCCUUUGGUCUCUUUGCCGCACCAGCGAAGACGUUUUGGAGGAUCUUCAAAAAGAAGUCAGUUGAGGAGUUUUCAUAUGUGCCUUACGUAGCGACGGUCAUGAACUGCAUGCUGUGGGUGUUCUACGGUCUCCCUGUGGUUCACAAGGACAGUAUCCUCGUUUCCACCAUUAACGGUGUUGGGUUAGUCAUUGAGCUUUUCUACGUUGGUGUCUACUUGCUCUACUGUGGUCACAAGAAGAACGCUAGAAGGAACAUUGUGUCAUUCUUAGCUCUUGAAGUUGUUGCUGUUGCGGGUAUUGUUCUGGUCACGCUCUUUGCAAUCAAGAAUGAGUUUGCUAAGCAAACAUUCGUUGGUGUGAUUUGUGAUGUCUUCAACAUUGCUAUGUAUGGAGCUCCUUCAUUGGCCAUUGCUAAAGUGGUGAAAACCAAGAGUGUUGAAUACAUGCCAUUCUUGUUGUCUUUGGUCUGUUUCGUUAAUGCUGCUAUUUGGACUUCUUACUCUCUCAUCUACAAAAUCGAUAUCUACGUCCUCGCAAGUAAUGGGAUGGGGACCUUGUUGGCUCUUUCUCAGUUGAUAGUGUAUUUCAUGUACUACAAAUCAACUCCAAAGGAGAAGAAGCCAUCUGAAGUUGAGAUUUCAGCCUCAGGGACGGACAGAGUUUGAAGAAUUGUUUUUCUUCUUUUAGAUAUUUUCUCUUACGUACAUUCAUACACACAAGAGUGUUGUAUGUGUAGGCCCUUUUUUGUUUUUAAUAUCUUUUGGAUUUUUUUUUUUUUGGUUUGCUAGAAUUUUUAAUAAUAGACUUUCAAAGUUUCAAUUGUUUAGUUUCUGGAUUUUGAGGAUUUGUCAGGAUUUGUUGUUUUUUCUAAUACAUUUUUAGUGUGAAACAUUUC